UCUGGCACUUGAAGAUGAUAUGGGAGCGACUUAUGUCUGCAUUGUGAAAUUGGUGUUCUAAAUGAAUUACAAAAAUGCAGGAUGAGGCAGUACAUAGUACUCUUGGCAUAUAGGAGAAUUUCAAUGUGUUAAAUAGAAGACAUCUUUGUUGUGUUGCUUUCUGCUGCCAUGCUAAUCAAUAUGUUGGAAGUUAUCAAGAAGUUCAUGAGAAAGCCAGUUUCAAAUUCUGAAGAAAAACAAAGAGGCAACUCUUGGACAUGUGGUAACAGAAGGAAAAAGAUGCUAUCAGGAGACAAUUCAAAUAAGGGAAAAACUAUUUUGAUUGCUCCUGACUUGCUGACUAUCAUCCUUACCUCGCCGCCAUGGCUGCCUACAAGCUGGUGCUGAUUCGGCACGGUGAGAGCGCCUGGAACCUAGAGAAUCGCUUCAGCGGCUGGUACGACGCCGACCUGAGCCCGGCGGGCCACGAGGAGGCGAAGCGCGGCGGGCAGGCUCUGCGAGAUGCUGGCUAUGAAUUUGACAUCUGCUUCACCUCAGUACAGAAAAGAGCAAUCCGAACCCUCUGGACAGUGCUGGAUGCCAUUGACCAGAUGUGGCUGCCAGUGGUGAGGACCUGGCGCCUCAAUGAACGGCACUAUGGGGGUCUGACUGGCCUCAAUAAAGCAGAAACUGCUGCCAAGCAUGGCGAGGCCCAGGUAAAGAUAUGGAGGCGCUCCUAUGAUGUCCCACCGCCUCCAAUGGAGCCUGAUCACCCCUUCUACAGCAAUAUCAGUAAGGAUCGUAGGUAUGCAGACCUUACUGAAGAUCAGCUGCCUUCCUGUGAGAGUCUGAAGGACACCAUUGCCAGAGCUCUGCCCUUCUGGAAUGAAGAAAUAGUCCCCCAGAUAAAGGAGGGGAAACGGGUUCUGAUUGCUGCCCAUGGCAACAGCCUUAGGGGCAUUGUCAAGCAUCUGGAGGGUCUCUCUGAAGAGGCCAUCAUGGAGCUGAAUCUGCCAACUGGUAUUCCCAUUGUCUACGAAUUGGACAAGAACUUGAAGCCCAUCAAGCCCAUGCAGUUCCUGGGGGAUGAAGAGACCGUUCGUAAAGCGAUGGAAGCCGUGGCUGCACAGGGCAAGGCAAAGAAAUAAAGGCAAGAUCGCAGACCACUGUACCAAGGAAGACCCUGCCCAUCCAUUCCUUUGCACCUCUCUCCUGCAUCACCAUACUGACCACAUCUGUGGGCAUCUUAAGUUGUAGCUGCAGAUGGGGACCAGUAGCUCCCACUUUAAUUUUAGCAUUUUGUCUCCUGCACCCACUCCCUUUGUAGAUUGUAAUCAGAAUAGAAACUCUGGGGCACAGGUUCUCAAUCUAAGCCCAGGGAAGGCUCCUCAUAUCCGGAAGAGUUGAGGUUGUAGUUGUUGGUUUUUUUCUUGAGAAGGGUAGGGAGGAAUUGUGCCAAGGCAUGACCAAUGAGAAGAAGCCAGAGAGCCUGUUUGUGUUUCUAAGAGCCAGUUCUGUACUCUUCUGUAUUCAGGUCACUGGGAAGAUGGGUAGCAGGGGGCUCUAGUCAUUCCAGUGGAAUACAAAAGUAACCUGCAUGGUGAUUUAAGAAAGACAACUCCCUGACCCCAGAGGAGCUGGCUCCAGAAUGUUGGGAUCAACCCUAACUUUUGUUACAUUUACUUUCACUAAAGAAAAGUAUAUAUAUAAAUAAAUACUAAAAAAAAAAAAAAACCUUCUGGGUUUUUUCUAGUGGUGGUUAGUCCCACAUGUGGUCACCAGAAACUAAGCCAUUCCUCACACCAAUAUGGGAUAAGCUCCUUGGCCUAUAAGGUGCAGGAGUAUCUUGCUAUGUAUCUUAGAGAAUCUCUCCUCUGCCUUGUUUUGUGGCAGUGAAAUGCCUCUUGAUCAUGUCCAAGCAUGUCUUUUACUGUGUCUGAUUUCUGAGUCUUGUUCCAGUUGCUUGGCCCUGCCACAAAGGCCCAGUACUUAUUUAGCAUAACUGUAAUAAAAUCUUUUUUCCAGAUCAGUAUAAAAAAAAAAAAAAAAAAGACUAUCAUGGUUGGGUAUAAAAGAUGAGGUCUGCCUUAGCAGGUAGCUCAGUGGUAGACCACUUCCCUAGCACACAUGAGUCCCUGGAUUUGAUUCCUGGCACCAAGGAAACAAAACAAAACAAAACAAAAAUCCAAAAUGGGGUCUGUAAAAAUCUUGCUUAGAAAUUUAUUUACUAAUUUUGGUUUUAUUGGAUGUUUUCUAUUACUUAGUAAUACACUUAUAGUAUAAAAGAUAUGUGCUAUGUAAAAUCAGCCAAUUAUGUAAUACUAGUGUGUUUGUUUGCCUUUACUGUGUUAGUCAUUAGGCUGAGUAGAACAAACUUUAAAAUGAUUUUUAAGGAAAAAAAUUGAAUUCAUUUUGUAUAGUAUUUUGUCUUUAAUGUAGAAAAGCAAGUAUUAAGUGUGAACUAAAAGCCUUUUGUUACAUUCCAGCAACAAUCAUAUUAACUCUAGAUAAAUCCCAGAAAAAUUGUCAUACUGUAUGUUAAACAUUCAGUAAAUUACAUAAAUAUAUUUUUCUCAUUCCUGAAA